AUGGGACACUUGACGACAUUAGGAGCUUCGCAGAAGCUUCACAAGCGCAGACAAAACUUCGAGACACAACUGGAGCUGCUACCCGAUAUCCAUCAUCGUGGCCGACUCGCUUUCGACACUGCCAUCGACGUAAACGUUCCGGAGUCGAUCAAAGCAGGAGUUCCAGUUGUUUCCGUUCUGCAGCGCGUGCUCGAUGCUAUCGGAGCGCUUUACGACGAAAACACACGUCGCAAUGCAGAGUCAGUCCCAGAACGCGAAAGCACUACCGAGCACGAGUCUCUAGUGAAAGAUGCGACACCCUCCCAGCGACCUGAUAACCAAAAUGAGCAGCCACGCGAGCAGUCACAUGAGAUGGAAGAAUCCAUAAAAUCGAGAGAGCUAUUAGACUAUGACGAGCCAGAUAGCGCGGAAGAACAGUUCUACGAAUCCGAGUCGGACUACGGAAAGCCCUCCAAGGGAAAAGGCAAGCUCAAGAGAGGCAGAAAGAAGACGAAAGACAUCGAAGCCGCCAGAAUUGCUAUCGCAGUGGAAGCCAGGCAAAAGAGAAUGCGCCUGACCCACGGCACGCCCAAUAGCGACGCGAAGAAUCCUAAGCGCCAUCUCUUCGGUCUCAAUUCUGAAUUGGGAGACACGAGCGCUACGCUUUCACCGACACCCUCGUCACCCACCGCCAAGGGCAGGAAAUCGCAAAACACUGUAGCAGCAUCUUCACAUCCUCGUGCGAGUAGCAGGUUAUCCAGGCAAGCUGAAAAUACACCCAGCAAACCAUCUGCCGACCUACCCUCGCCGACGCCCGACAACGUAAAUCCCACCAACCUGCCAAGUCUCAUCGUCAAGCUCAAGACCCGCAGACCGUCUGCGCCCAACCCAGUACACAUCCCAAUACCCAAUUUCCAUCCCAAGCGCGGACGUCCACGGAACCCGGAGGGGAAAUCGAUCGGGAAAUCGAAGGGUAAAUACAAGAGUGCAGAAUUUGUAGACUCAGAUGACGAGGGCGAGGAGAUGGAGAACGAUGCCCCCACCGACAUCAUCGCGCCAGAGACGAUGCGAAAAACGCGGAAGGCUGCAGCCAAGCCCGCGGCCAAGGCUACGAGCAAACUAAAGACACUUGUAUUUGGCAGAAAGGAAGAAGAGGCCGUGGGACUAGACAAGGACGCCGAUGUUGAGAUGGCCGACCCAGAACCCAUCUCAAGGAACGGUACGACGCGCGAAACCCGACAAACGCGAAGCGGAAUGACCACACGUGGAAAGCAACCUACUAACCUCUCAAAGGCCAAGCAAGAUGCAAGGAAACCCAAACCACCAACGCCGUCAGUCAGGAAGAUGCGGGAAAAGUCUCCAGUAGCUCCACAGCCAAAGCGGAAUACUACAACACGGCCGCGAAGAGGUGCCAUGUCCUCACCCUUUGAGUUGUUCGAGCCACCUCCCGCAGAAACCGCUAUGCCCGCAGAAGAGAAUGUCUUCUCGGACACGUGGUCAGAAACCGCCGUAUUACCAAACAGCCCUUCGCCUCCGCUUAUCGCUGAUUCACCUGAUUCACGCCCAGUAUCUCCGUCAUCUCCUUCGAACACCGACACGCCAUCUAUUACCUCUCCAACAACUCCAACCCCCCUCGCACCCCAAACUUUCGCACCCUUUCCCCCACUGACCCCCCGCGAUCUCACCCCUUUCACCCGCGGCGCGCGUAUCGCGCUCGAAAACAUUCUGUCAGACCACCAGUCCGAGCCGCUGACCAGUCUCAUCGACCUCAUCGAAGAGCUAGACGACACACGGCCGAUCGUAAACGACUGGGAGCAUGUCACGGUGAUGAAGGGCGGGUGUUGGGUGUACCAGGUUAUGAGGGAUGUGUGGGAGGAGGUUGUGGAUGGGAGUGAUGAGGAGGAGAUGGAGGUGGAUGUUAAUAUUGAGGAGGUUGUGGGGCGGGUUGGGAGGUGGGUUGAUAGGGAGGUGGGGAGGUUAGGUGGGAUUGAGGAGGGGAAGUAG